UAACCAUACGCGUGCUAAAUUCAUUGUCACACUGUUCACUAUAUUUUCACACACUAACGGAGCUCUCUGAGAAUGGCUUCUCUUCUUCCGUGGCUGCCAUGGCUCGUCGUCCCCCUCCUCCUCUCCGUCUACCUACUCGACCUCCUCGCGCACGCACGCCGUCGCGGCCUUCCUCCAGGACCCCGCCCGCUGCCGCUCAUCGGCAGCCUCCACCUCCUCGGCGACCAGCCUCACCGCUCCCUCGCUGGGCUCGCCAGGACCCACGGCCCGCUCAUGUCGCUCCGCCUGGGCGCGGUCACCACGGUGGUCGUCUCCUCCCCGGACGCCGCCCGCGAGUUCCUCCAGAAGCACGACGCCGUCUUCGCCACCCGGGCCGUGCAGGACGCGGUCGGCGCGCACGCCAGGAGCUCCGUCGCCUGGCUGCCCCACGCGCCGCGCUGGCUCUCGCUCCGCCGGAUCAUGGCCACGGAGCUGUUCGCGCCGCACCGGCCCGACGCGCUCCAGCGCCUCCGGGCCGAGAAGGUGCGGGAGCUCGCGGCGCACGUGGCCCGGCUGGCGCGCGACGGCGCGGCCGUGGACGUCGGCCGCGUGGCGUUCACGACCAGCCUGAACCUCCUGUCGCGCACCGUGUUCUCGACGGACGUGACGAGCCUCGACGACCACGGGGGGUCCAAGGGGUUCCAGGUGCUGGUGGCGGAGAUCAUGGAGGCGGCCGGCAGCCCGAACGUGUCCGACUUCUUCCCCGCGCUCGCGGCGGCCGACCUGCAGGGCCUUCGCCGGCAGUUGGCCCGGCUGUUCGCGCGGCUGCACCUCGUGUUCGACAGGGAGGUGGACCAGAGGCUGAGGCGCCGCGCGCGCGACGCCGCCGGCGAGCCUAGGAAGGAGAACGACGACAACGACGGCGGCGACUUCCUGGACGUGCUGCUGGAUGUCGCGGAGCGGGACGACGACCAGGCCGCGCUGCUGGAUCGCGACACGCUGCGGUCGCUGUUCUCGGACCUGUUUGCUGCUGGCAGUGACACAACCUCCAGCACAAUAGAGUGGGCAAUGACGGAGCUUCUUCAAAACCAAUCAUCAAUGGACAAAGCGCACGAUGAACUUACAAGAGUCAUCGGCUCAGGGAGAGACAUCGAAGAACCUGACAUCGACAGCUUGCCCUACCUCCAAGCUGUGAUCAAAGAAACCUUCCGGCUGCACCCUCCCGCUCCAUUGUUGCUACCGCGCCAAGCUCAGACGACCAUAACAGUCGCGGGUUACACAGUACCCAAAGGCGCACGUGUGCUGGUGAACGUGUGGGCGAUGGGGCGGGACGAAGCUAUAUGGUCUGAGCCUGAGAAGUUCAUGCCAGAGAGGUUUCUCGGGAGGGCGGUGGACUAUAGAGGCGGAGACUUUGAGCUGAUCCCAUUUGGUGCGGGGCGCCGGAUGUGCCCAGGGAUGCCGCUUGCGAUCAGGAUGGUGCAUCUAGUUCUCGGGUCGUUGUUGCAUCGAUUCAAGUGGAGGCUCCCGACGGAGGUGGAGAGAAGUGGGAUUGAUAUGUGUGAGAAGUUUGGGGUGACACUCACGAAGGCCGUGCCUCUCCGUGCUAUUGCUACACCAAAGUUAGUGGAUGACAACCGAUGAUGCAUGAUAACAAUUGCUUUGGUUCUUCUUGUGCAAAAUGUAGCACAUGCCGUUGGAUCGGAUAACGAAUGCGUGUAUCUUUAUGUUCCGUGGGCUCAUGAGUCUUGUCGAGGAUCCUGAUGUGUCAGGGGUGUCUUGUUAGUCCAUCGGUGCUUAUAAGCCUUGUUUAGCUAAGUAGAUUCGUAUGUUUAUUUGGAUUUUAGCCCGGUUUUCCGUUAAUUAACCGAGCAGUCUCUUGUACCAUUUCUCUCUAUUCAGUGAAUAUGAGUAGCUAGACCUGCCGGUCCCGUCAGUUUAGGGUGUGUUAUGACGGUCUUUUGUUGAUUUUCUGUUAAUUAUCUAUUCAAAUUUUCUUCUUAAAUAAUAGAAUGAGGCAUGUCGAAA